UCUAAAAUCGCGGUGGAAUUUGAGGUUAUUUUCGUUUUUCUGGAAUUAUUGUUUUAAAAGUCCACCAAGAUGCCUUUCAUGAAAGGAAGAGCCCCAAUCCGCCGCACACUAAACUAUUUAAACGCUGGGAGGUUAGUUUUGAAGGACAAAAUCAAAAUUUUCUCGGUGGCGUACAACAUAAAUGGUACCAACAACAACGGUGCUAAAGAGUUCGUUUUCUGGUAUUUGCCUCAAAUACAGUAUAAAAAUCCUGAUGUGCAAGUUGCUACGUUGAAGAAUCUAACACCUUCACCGUUUAUCAAGUGUUAUUUCGAAGAUGGAAGGAAGAUUUUGGUGGAUGUCGACAACAAAUCGAAAGAUGAGAUUUUGGAGCAUUUGAUAGCGACUGUGGGGAAAUCCAAAGAGGUUUUAGAAGCGGAGGCGAUUGCUGCAGAGAAGAAAGACAAUCCUGCGAACUUUGGUGUUGGUUGCGAGCGACCGUGUAUAUGUGAAGUGUAUGGUCAAAUUCCGUGCCCUGGUGUAGUUCCUUUGCCCAAGUUUAUGAGGGGAAAAUACAAGAACCCGGCCAAUUAAGACAUUUUGUUACUUUAAGACGUGUUUACUUGUUAAUAAGAUGUAUUUUGUGUUGUUUUUCAUUACCUAUAAAAAUUAUAAUUCAUGUGACUGACUUUGGGUGGAGCAAAAUAUGAAACUGCAUUUUGUUUAUUAUUGUUAUGCACUUAUUUACUUUUGUUAACUCUUUUAAUGGAUAUAAUGUAAAAUUAUCUUGUGUUUCACCCCUUCUAACAAAAACAUUGUUUUGUAAGUUCAUUCAGAAAUGGAU